UAUUUCGCUCUUUUUUCUGCUAAACACUUUGCUUAUAUAAAAGUAUUUUGCUUUCAAUCAUGGCUGAUCAACUGACCGAAGAACAAAUCAACGAAUUCCGUGAAGCUUUCAAUCUUUUCGAUAAGGAUGGAGAUGGUUCCAUUACAACUAAGGAAUUAGGAACUGUUAUGCGUUCCUUGAAUUUGAACCCCACAGAAGCUGAACUUCAAGACAUGAUCAACGAGGUAGAUAGUGACAAGAACGGCCUUAUCGACUUUAGCGAAUUCUUAUCCAUGUUAGCUAGAAAAUUAAAGGAAACUGAUUCUCAAGAGGAAAUCGAAGAGGCCUUCAAAGUUUUCGAUAAAGACGGCAAUGGUUAUAUUUCGGCAGCCGAGUUACGCCAUGUCAUGACUUCCCUUGGAGAACGAUUAAGUGAAGAUGAAGUUGAUGAAAUGAUUCGCGAAGCUGACGUCGACGGCGACGGGCAAAUUAACUACCAAGAGUUUGUCAAGAUGAUGAUGUCCAAAUAAAAUUGAAGUCAAAGAAUUGAUAAGGCAUCUUUUAACUCUCUACAUAUACGCGAAAACAGUAAAGAUGCA